UCCACCCACCGGAUCAAGUUGACGGUUUGGCUCAAAAUGGCUGGAGAGAAACAGUUAGGAGGAUCGACGGUUUUACCAGGUAUUUACGAAAAAUGAGACUGUCGUAGCUUGAAGGCGCUUCCUCCACAUAACUGGGGAUCCAGGGGGAGUGUGGAGAGGGGGGGACAGGACCACAACCUGGGCACCACCCAGAAAGAGGAGGAGCGAGGCAGCAGCUGAGGAAGAAGGAUCAUCCAAUCGUUGGUAGCCAGUGAGUCCAGCCCUUCAGAUGAAGAGCCUUCAGUUCCGGAGCAUCGCCCCUAAGGCCCCGGCCGUGGUGCCCUCCCCCUCCCCUGCGGUCCUGUCCUGCCAGCCUCCCUCUGCCCUCCCUGAGGCUACCACCGCCUCCAGCCCCAAGUCCAUCAUUGUGCCCACCCAAAACUAUGCACUUAUGCAAAUAGCAGGUCAGGAUGGCACUUUCUCUCUGGUGGCGAUCCCCCCUUCUGUCUCUUCUCAGACACCACAGCAACAACAGCAGCAAACUCAAAAUAACCCCAAGUUGCCCAUUCCAAGAUACCAGCCAGUGAGGAGCAGGGGGACCACAGAUAAGGUCAAGUCACCACCACUAGCUUCUAGGGCCAAAACAGUCUUCAAGGUCGCUGUGACCACGCAAACUGUGUCAGUGGUGAGUGGGCCAUCAACAGUGACGAAGAAAAAACAACUGGAGUCGAAGCACACAAAAGAUAUCCUAGUUCCCAAAGACGAGCCUUCAGAGCAGGUAAUCCUGAUUGACCCAGCCUCCUCUGACAUCUCUGUCACUGCUUUACUCCCAGACAAUGCUGUCCUGUACCCGAGUUCUCAGUUAGAGCGAGUACCAGAUAGUUCUGAACGACCUGCUACAACUAGUCUUAUUCAGAACCUCCAGUACCCCCCAGCUGCUGUCAAAGGCUCCCCGAGCAAAUCCCUGGAGGAAGGUAAGACUACAGUGAGGCUGUGCCAAUCUAAGUCCGCUGUAGCCCAGCCCCAGAGCAGUAUCACUGUCCUGUCUUCAGCCAUCUUCAGCAAAGCAGUCCAGAUUAUCCCGUCCCCACCUAAGGGUAAACUGCCCAUUUUGCCCUACUCUAAAAUGAAGAACACCCUCAUCCCAGCUGCCAAGCUCAGCAAUUUGUCCCCAGAUAACAAGGGUUUCUCUAGCCAGACAGGACUCUCCAGCCCCUUAGAUCCUCCAUCCAAGACCCUCGAGACAGCUGAAGCCUUGGGUCACAACCAGAUCCCAAACUCCACUCUACAGCCCCAGACCAAGACCUCACUCAUGCCUGUGUUGGGAACCCUAGAGAAACCACCUGGCAAGAAGAGGGGGAGGAAGAGAAAGACAAUGGAGGACAUCUUGGCAUUUGAGGCCAGAAAGAAAAGGUCUUUGUCAUUUUUCCGUAGAAGGGUCCCAGAGAAACCGACAGCAGUUGUUCCAGGCGCCAAACAAAAAGAAGUUGAUAUUUCAAAGAAGUACCGCAGCAUCCGACCCAAACCCAUGUUGGUUAUGGAGACAGUUCCCCAGCUAGUUAGUUUGCCUGCCAUUACCCCAGAUGGCCAGGAGCAGGAGCUCGUACUUGGUCAUCAGCUCCCCGCCCCUUCCACAACCAAGGCUUUGGACUGUCCUCCCCAACCAGCCCCAGUAACCCUACACUUGAGAAGUGCCUCACAUCCGAGAGUGUUCAUAGGCAGCCGUCCGCUCCAUCGUUGCCCCACCUGCAGCCGCUGUUUCCAGUUCAAUCAUCACCUACAGAGCCACAUGAACAGUCACACCAAUAGCCGUCCCUACGUCUGCCCAGUCUGUCGCAAAGCGUACGCUCACUCCGGCAGCCUGAGCACCCACAUGAAGCUUCACCACUCCGAGGUACGCCCGCGUCGGUCUCUUUGCUGUGAGUUCUGCGAGAAGUCCUUUGGAUAUGUGGGGGUUUACUUCAGUCAUCUGAGAGAGGUCCACAAGGUGGUGUUGACUGUGGAGCCAUCCAUCAGCCAUCAUGAGGAUGACCGGUCUGUGGAGGGGGCCAACUCUCCAGAGCCAUCAGAUGAACAGGAUCGUGAAGACCCUGUGGAGCUGCAGAUUAAAUGUGGCCGCUGCCAGUCCAUCACUCCCACCUUUGCCGACAUGAAGAUGCACUUGCUGUAUGUUCAUGGGGAGGAGGUCCAGGUUCCACUUCACGAUGGCAAACAACUGCGGGGUGGCCGAGAGGCUGAGAAUGAACUGGUAAAGCAUGCCGCCCACUACUGGCGGCAGCUAAACGAGAAGCGCAACUUGGUCAAGUGCGGCAGCUGCGAUGAGGAGUUUGUCUCGUUCUCCAAACUUAAGAGGCACAUCAUAUCCCACCACCAUGGACGAGAGGAGGACGAUGGGAUCCUUUCAUCACCCGAUCGCGGCGGAGGUCUUGGGGUCCUUGCAGCAGGUGCAGCCUUUAACUGUGUGCUUUGCAGCGAGGUGUUGGACACUAAAGAGGCAGUUAUGGAGCACUGGAGGAGUCGCCACCACUGUGAGCAGCCCAGCCUUCUGUGGGACGCACUGAGCUCCUACUCCGGCCAGGAAGAGGGUGAGGCGGACGGGGAUCUAGACACUCCUGCUCCAAGCCCACACUAUCCAGCCUAGCCCCUUGGAUGGGCGUGGAGCCAUUCACUGUUGCUCCUCUCACACACUCAGUCCUAACAAUCAGCUGCACAGGGAUGGAGAUUGUCUCUUAUGUCUUUUAUCAUUAGUUUCAUUUUACACCAGUUGAGGCAUUUGACUUGGUCCAGAAGGAAAAUAAAAAAGGAAAAAGAAUAUUAAGCCAAUGGUGAAAAUGUAUCUUUGUGUUACAAUUCAUAAGGGAUAUUCUCUUAGGUCAGAGAAUAUUUUUCAUGUUAUUUUGAUUGCACUGUUCUGUUUUUUGGAAAGUGUUUGGAGAUGUCUAUUUAAUAUCCCGUUGGAUUAUUUUUUUCUACUGCUUAUUUAAAAUCGUAUUAAAAGGGUCAUUUAUAACCGAGCUGACACAGAAAUACUGUUAAAGGGUCAUUUCACUCAAACUCUUACCUCUUGUGGUAUCUGGCCAUGCAGAUCAUUUGGAUUUAUGUGCUCAGUUUUUGAGAUUUCUGCUUCCACACCAAUGAUUAAUUAAAUGUUUCAAGUUUAAUGACAACAUCUAACAGUGUCCAUGUUAAUCUGUGGAUUAUACAGAGGAAACCAUUUUUUUUGUAUAAUACUGUGAGCACCAUAAACAAAAUUUCAUAAGAUUGGAGGCAGAAAUCUCAAAGAUCUUCAUCUCGACUGAAAUGACCAAAUCUGCAUGACUAGAUACCACUAUGGUAAAGUGGGAAAAUAUGGUUUUAAAUUUAGGUGGACUGACCCUUUUUAAAACACUGAGAAAUGUAAAUCUCAUAACAAGGGUACACUGUCUAACGUCACACAGGCUGACAAUAGGCCUUGGGUUAUUACAGGUUCAAAUAAAUCCGUAUGUGUACACAAUCCUUUGAUGCAAUGUUGCUCCUGUAACGGAAAAUCAAUAUUUCAGUUAUGACUUGAACUUUCACAGUCCGAUUUAAGGGCAGUAUUGGGGUCCUCUGUCAACUCGGACCCAUGAAAGAACAUUUUCCUAACCAGCACCCAAGUGACAUCCUUGUGGCCUUCUGAAAAAAGAAUCGGUGUUCUUGCAUAGUGUGGCUUACCGUCAGUAUGGUCCUCGGUAGGCCAAGUUCUAUCUCCUUGACUUGUUGAUUAAUGCCUAUUUGUGUAUUCUGUGAUAUGCCAAGGGUCUAUUCACACUAGUGAUUGUAGAAGUGAGUUUUGCAUUUAAGCUUUUUAACCACUGACUGAAUACUUUUUGUUGACUUAGUAAGUACGCAAAGGAAACCAUCGAAUUGCCUACCUGUUGUUGCCAGCUCAUGUACGCACCUGUGGAAUUGUGUGCAGCCAGACUCUAUUAUUAGAGUUAAUAUAAACUGUUGUCAAGUCCAGAAAAUAUGCUAUUUUGUACUCUAGAUUAAUACAGAGGUCUUUUAGUAUAUUUAUGCUUGUUGUUGGUCCUUAAAGAACCAACACUGAGACAUUUGUUACGUUUGCUUCUUCUUUUGGGGGAUGCUUAAUGUCUUGUUUCUUGAUGGGAGGCCAUUACUACAUGGCAAGUAUCUCUGCUUACUGUCUGUGUUUUAUCUUUCAUAUGAAUAAAAAAAAAAUACAUCACAGGGUCAAGUGAAUGUACCUGAAUGUUUUCAGAACCCUACCAAAAGUAUAUAUACAUAUAUAUGCUAUAUAGACUUAUUCCAUAGAUAGAAUAUAUAGAUAUAUUGAGAAAAAAUAUAUAUUUACAUAGAGUAACCAGUGAAUCAGCUGCUGUGUUCUGUCAUAGUGGAGGAGGGAAACAAGAGAUGAAUAUAUCAUUGCCAACACUGGCAACAAAAGCCAUGUAGAGCUGUCCUUAUGUGUCUGACACAAAACGUGGGACUGUGAAUGAAGGGCAAAGCACUGAUGUGUAGCUGUCACACUGAGUGGGUAAUCUACAGUAUAGUGUACUACUGUUUAUUGAAUGGCAUAUUUGAGUGUUCAUCAGUGAACUGUCCUUUGUUUGCAAGCCCUCAACACAAACCAGGAAGUGACAAAUGUAAGGGUCAGACUCUUCUUUCCUCAGUUAGAUGAGAAACAUACCAUGACUGUCAGCACAAGUCGGAAAGUAAAAAAUCCCACAUUAGGUGAUGUGAUGUGUUUGACUCACUAAAUAUGUUCACUGUGUCCAAAAAAAGAAGAAAACAAGACUGAAAGUGUUUGUGCUUGUGACUGUUUGUGUACCUGAAGAACCUGAUGUUUAUGAGAAUAAAGUUGUGCUUUGUUGAGGACAUUGUGACUGUAGUGUUGUCUUAGAAAAGAGGUAUACUGAAAUAAAUACUCAAUUUACCACA